CUUGUUUAAUACUGUUCCGUGUUUUUACGUGUCACCGGUACUUGCCACGCGUGUAUUUACGUGAGGAAAUUUUCAAAGAUUUUUUUCUCCUAACAGAGAGUGCACGAAGAUUAACGAAUAUGGCGGCAUUAGCAGUAUUAUAUAAAUUUUGGUUGGAAUACACAAAAAAUACACCCAAGAAACUCAAGAUUAUUGAUGCAUACUUGUUGUAUGUCUUCUUGACGGGUGUUACCCAAUUUGUAUAUUGUUGUCUUGUCGGCACCUUUCCCUUCAACAGUUUUCUCAGCGGUUUCAUAUCCUGUGUAUCCUGUUUCAUUCUAGGAGUUUGUCUUCGAUUGCAAGUUAACCCACAAAAUAAAAGUCAGUUUCAUGGCAUAAGUCCAGAAAGAGGAUUUGCGGACUUUAUUUUUGCACAUAUUAUUCUACAUAUUGUUAUUAUGAACUUUAUUGGUUGAAGUACAUGGCUACGAUGAAAUAAUUAAGACGAAUCAACAUUACAUACCAUUUUAGAGAGUAAAUUAUUUCUGAUACAUAAUGCUACGCUUUUGUAUUUGCGAUUGUGAAUCAUGACUCAUAAUCAGUGAAUAAAAUUUAUGAAAAUAGUUACAAUUA